CUGACAACUGUGAGCGGAAGUGAGCGACACUGCCGCUGCCUUGACACCGUGCAACGAUUCACGGAUCAAACAUGGACGUCACAUGUGAGCCAAUGACCCAAACAUGAUCGCCGCUGCCUUCUGCGGGACGAACCAGCAAAGACGAGCAGAGGCGGGACCAUCAGCGGCAUGACGGAGGAGAAAUGUCCCCAGCUGGUGGACUACUUCGUAGUGGCGGGACUCGACCCCGCGGGACCCUGGAAACCUCUGGACGACGAUGCUAAGGCCGUGUCGUCCAUGCCCUCACCGGGCCGGGCGACGGAGCCCGUCACCGACCUGGCGGUCAUCGCUCGCGGCCUGGGGGAGGAAGUGCCUGAAGGCUUCACGUGCAUUGACAAGUCGCUGGGCGGCCACUCGGCCGAGCUGACCGCUGGACUCAUCAACAACCCUCACCUGUACCUGUGCUACAGGAGAGGGCGGGACAAACCCCCCGUCCUCGACCUUGGGGUCUUGUACGAAGGCAAGGACCAGCUGAAGACAGGCUGGUACAUCAUCGAGACCACGCCUUACAGUCGCUCUGCCAACCUGAGCUCUGGCAGCGGGCCGACGGCACACCGCGUCUUCCUCACCUAUCGGCGAGCUCCGGACUCGCAGGGUCUGCACUCGCUGGGCGUGACCGACAUCGCUGUGACGCUACCUAGCAAGGGCGAGGUGGCGCCACACACCUUCUGCCGCGUGGACAAGAACCUCAACACGGGCAUGUGGGGACCGGCUGUGUACGUGUGCUACAAGCGAGCCGUGGCCAAAGCCAACGCCUUGGUCUACGAGGCCGGUCUGCUCAGUCGCUACCCCGAAGACGACCAGGAGGCGUUCCCGCUGCCGGAGUCGGUGCCCGUCUUCUGCCUGCCGAUGGGCGUGUCCGUGGAGAGCUGGCCUCUGAACGCCAAGUAUCAGCUGCCCGUCUUCUCCACCUUCGUGCUCACCUCCGCCUGUGGGGACAAGGUGUACGGCGCCGCCAUCCAGUUCUACGAGGCCUUCCCGAGGGAGGUUCUGUCGGAGCGGCAGAGCGUGCGACUGGGCCUGCUCAGCGUGGUGGACCGCAGGCCCAUCACGGAGCGCACCCUGCAGGUGAAGAAGAGCAUCUGCGUGUUGUCUCACUGGCCCUUCUUCACCGUCUUCCAGAAGUUUCUCACCUUCGUCUACAGAUACUCCGUCUCCGGCCCACAUGUCCUACCUCUGGAGAAACACAUCUCCAGCUUUAUGCACAAUGUUCCCUUCCCGUCCGCCCAGCGGCCACGUAUUCUGGUUCAGUUGUCUUCCUACGACAACCUUCUCCUCUGCCAGCCUGUCUCCUCACCGCUCCCACUCAGUGGGGCGAGCUUCCUGAAGCUGCUCCAGAACUUGGGUGCAGGCAACACGUGCACACUCCUGCUGGCCGUCCUCACGGAACACAAAGUUCUGCUGCAUUCGCUGCGUCCCGACGUGCUGACGGCGGUCAGCGAGGCGCUGGUGUCCAUGAUGUUCCCGCUGCGCUGGCUGUGCCCGUACAUCCCCCUGUGUCCGCUCCAGAUGGCGGAAGUGCUGCUGGCGCCGGUGCCGUUCAUCGUGGGCGUGCACUCCAACUACUUCGACAUCUACGACCCCCCCGCCGACGUGGUGUGCGUGGACCUGGACACCAACACGGUCUUCCAGGUGGAGGACAAGAAGCCGUUGUCAUGGCGAUCGUUACCCAGAAAACACGGCAAGGUCCUGUUCAACACCCUCAGCAACCUCCACAGGACGCUGGAGCAGAUUUGCUCCCCCGGCCAGGAGGAGGCGACGCUGGAGUUUCUCCUGACCGACUUUGACCAGAUGUACCGGCGGCAGAAGCAGCUGGAGUUGGAGAUCCAGGAGGCUUUCCUGCGCUUUAUGAGCUGCCUGCUGCGAGGCUACCGCUCCUUCCUGCUACCCAUCACGCAGGCGCCCUCCGACACCACCACCGACUGCAGCUCCCUCUUCAACCUACAGGGCUUCCUGAAAUCCCGCGAUCGCACACAGCAGAAGUUCUUCUCGCAGCUGACCAAAACGCAGAUGUUCACGCAGUUCAUUGAGGAGUGCUCCUUCGUCAGCGACCGCCACGUCUGCCUGGAGUUCUUCGACGAGUGCGUCCAGAAGGUGGACGUGGAAAAGCCGGAAGACGUGCGACUCAUCGACCUGGACGAGACUCCCUGCGGAGAACACACCGUCUUCAUCAUGCCGCCCGAGGAACCGCAGGAAGCUGACGGCUCAGAGUGCCCCGCCCUCUACAGUUACGACACCUUUCCCACUCUGAGGGCGGAGCUCUUGGACCAGCCACAGGACCGCCUCCGCGUCCCUGCCAAGGGCAGCGCCCCCAGCAGCCCCGCCCCCCGACGCACCAAACAGGAGAUCAAGUUAGCGCAGAAGCGCGCUCAGAAGUACUCUGCGCUGGCCGACAUGUGGUCCAAGUGUCUUCUGGGUCACAUGUACGGCCUGUGGUUCCUCUACCUGCCCACCUACGUGCGUGCGCAGACCGCCAAGGUGCGCGCGUUGCACGCCGCCUACGACGUGCUGAAACACAUGGAGAACCGCAAGGUGGUGAUGCCCGACGAGGUGUGUUACAGGAUCCUGAUGCAGCUGUGCAGUCAGUACGGGCAGCCCGUUCUCGCUGUGCGAGUCCUUCUGGAGAUGAAGAAGGCGGGGAUUACGCCCAACACCAUCACCUAUGCGUACUACAAUAAGGCGAUCCUGGAGAGCAAAUGGCCGUCGACAAAUCAGGGCGGGCGUCUGCGUUGGGCCAAGCUGAGGAACGUCCUGCUGGCCGUCGCCCUCUUCCGGCAGCCCGUCAAGCAACGACAAAAUGGCGGCCCGCCGGCAGCACGUCCAGGACAAGCGGCGAGGGACGAGCCCGGCAGGCCCCGCCCCUGCUCCUCUCUGAUUCGCCAGGCCAGUUGGAGCGGCCUGAGCGAAAGCUCCAGCCACGAGUCUCUGACAGGCUCGUUGGCGAAGAGCAGCAGCCUGAGCAGCGUCAGGGCGCCGGCCGUUGUCACGGCGACCACCACCAAACCCCCUCUGGCGCCGCCGGUUGGCACUCUGGUGCGCCGCAGCCAAAUCUGCCUGUCGUCCUUCUACGCCGAGUCGGACUGUCGUCCGACGGCGAGGGCGGCCGUCACCAGCGCGGCGGUGGACGAAAACGACAACAACGUGUCGACCCCCAGCAGGGGUCUGGUGGGAAAGGUGCAGCAGUUCCUCACGCCAACACGCCACAGGGCGGCGGUGCGACGGGCCGCCAGCGUGGACGAGCGACGAGCAGGAAAAGGGGUAGGGGCGUCGGGACGGCGGGUGUCGGAGCAGCGCCACUCCAAGAAGUCUCAGGUGUCUGAAACGCUGCUGAAAGCCAAAGAUCGCCUGGCCAACGCCACCUCGGAGAGUUCGCUGUCGGUCGGAAGUGACCUGGACCUGGCGGAGGGGGCGUAUCCUCAGCGCAAUUCCUGGGACACUAGUCAAGAGGUGGCGGGACUCGAGGUGUUAAUGUCCAGCUGCUCGCGCUGUCGCUCGUGCAACUCGCUGGUGUACGACGAGGAGAUCAUGGCGGGAUGGACGCCGGAUGAUUCCAACCUCAACUCCUCCUGCCCUUUUUGCUCCGCCUCUUUUGUGCCCUUCCUCAACGCUGAGAUCAGCGACCCCGGACCCGUCAGCAGUGGCGAACGCAGCAAGUGGAACGCAGAGGAGGAGUUGGAGAGCGGCGCGGGGCCUCCUACUGGUCACGAUGCGUCACUGCCGCCUCAGUGUAAUGGCGCGGGAGAAGACUGUGACAGAACCAAGGUGUCGACAGGAGGCGGGGCCCCGCAGGUGACCGUGGCUUACGUGAGUCCGCUGGUGCUGCGGAAGGAGCUGGAAAGUCUCCUAGAGAACGAGGGCGAGGUGCUGGCGCAGCCUCAGUUCCUGGAAAGCCAUUGCAUCAUCUUCUGGAACCUUCUGUGGUUCUUCCAACGCCUCGGCCUGCCCAGUCACCUGCUGCAGCUCGUACGGGAUUCGCCUCUGCUCGGCCCCAAACCUCAGUCAGACGGGAUGGCGCUGAGGGUGAGGCUCCUUUGGGACACGUUAAACCCGGACCCCGACACAUGGCCCCCCCUCUACGUGCUCUGGAGGCUUCACAGUGGCAUUUCCAUGCGAAGUUUCCGCUGGCGCCGCCACAACCACCCGUUCUCACUGGCCUUCUUGGAGGAGGUCCUCCGCUGGGUAGGCAUGAACGAGGUCCACAAGGCCGUCACGCUCUUUCUCGACACGCUGGCCAAGCAGCCCGCCCCGCCCCGCCUCCAGAGGAGCGUGUACCGAGAGUUCCUCUUCCUCACGUUGGCCGCCAUGGGCAAGGACCACGCCGCCGCCUUUGAUAAAAAGUACAAGGUGGCGUAUUCGCGCCUGGGCGGACUCCUGGGGAAGGACGAGCUGCGCAGGAAACGCGCUCAGCCGCCCAGCGCCAAAGCCGUCGACUGCAGACGCAGCUUCCAUCCGCCGCUGGAGUGCUGACUACCCAGCAUGCAUCGCUGCCGCCCCCUGAUGCGAGACCACGCCAGCAGCUUUGACGGCGUGCAUUCCGGUCACGUCGUCACCUCUUGCAGAGCGUUGGUGGAGAAGGUUCCAAACGCUGAUGGCCGUGAAGUUGGUCGCCCAGAGUGAUAAAGAUGGAGGCCGAAAGGACAGCAACGUUGGCUUUGUUUUGCUCGUACACACUUUGUGACGGACGCCAUAUUCCUUGUCAUCGUCCAAUGUUUACGUUUGUGGGAGGAGCCACGAUGGAGUUUGUGAUCAUGUGUUCUUUCCCGCCAUUUCAACCUUUGACUGCAGACAACAAAAUGAAACGUUUGCUUUGCUUUGAUGUUUGCGUAUUUAAAUAAACUCACUGUCGUCUUCUUUCACUAAUUUAUUCAUAGAAAUGUUUUUUUUAAUGAAGAAAAUAAAACAACCCAACAUGUUUUUGUUAGA